CUACAGCAACAAAAAAAGAGCUUAAAGAACACUAUGAACGAGCACUCUUAUACGAUAAGAAACUACCUGCAGAUGAAACAUGGGUUAUUCAUUUUACCUGUGAAGAAAAUGCCAUUUCGGAACCUUGCUGGCCCACCAAAUCUCAACUGCAAAGGGGUCUUAGAGUAGUAUACCUUUGGCACGACCUCGAUUUUACAAAAAUCCGUAUUACUGCAUGUGAUUCCAAAGUAAUCGGUCCAGAUAAUUCGCCCAAAGCUAAUGACUAUGAUGAUCCCAUGCCUUCGUCAAUGGAGAAAGGAACUAAUGAAGUUCAGACAGACUAUGAUAGUGAUUGUAGCCACGACAAUGAUUCUGAAGAAGACGUAUCAUUUUCUGAUAAUGAUAAGAUAAAUGAUAUAGACACGAUGGUUUCUGAUGACAAAGAAGAUGCAGGUUAUUACUAUGAUUUAAGAACUGGUAAUGUAGCUUAUAAAAAAUCGAUUAGCGUAUAUUAG